ACAAAAUUAAAGGUUGGGCCCCGGGUCUCUCUUUUUUUUUUGAAACACAAGGAAGAACUCAAAAAAUCAGUGUCUUCCGAGUCUAAACGAAUCCAAAUCAUUCCGUUCGCGGCUUGAUUAUUGAAUCAGAAAACUGGAAAGAAGUAAUCUUUGGUUAAAUUUCUAAGCGACUGAGCACCAGUUUUCCUUUGUUUUGAGGUACAAUCCUAGGACAAGGAAAAUGUCAUCAUAUGAGAAUGUUGUUGGUGGGAAGCUGAAGCUUAAGGGAAAGGCUCUAGAUGUGAAGGCUCCUGGAAUGAAGAAGAAAAAGAAACAUAAGAAACAUCAAGAUCAAACAUCUCUCCUCACAGAACAUGAGCUCUCAGCUGGUGGAAGUACAGAACUAUCAACGAACCCUGAUGAUGAAGAAAUAAAUGAUGCCAACAAAUCAGGUGAGGAGGGGAAGGCUCCUCAUUAUGAUGAUCAUCUCACACCUGCAGAGAGGCGAUAUAUAGAGCAGAGAGAGAGAAUUGAUACACAUAGGAUGGCCAAGACAGCAAAUAAAUCCCACCGUGACAGAAUUCAAGACUUCAACCAGUAUCUGGCAAACAUGAGUGAGCACUAUGACAUUCCUAAAGUUGGCCCUGGCUAAAUCUGGGAAGUCGUUGAAUAUGAAAGCCAAAGGAUCAACCGUCUCGUUUGUCGUUUUGAAGCCAGUGCUAUAUGUAUGGUCUAGUUCAUGUGGACAUCGAAUUUACAAUUUGUAUUCUAUAUGGCGGUUUCUGUUCAGAUCUGUGUAGAUUGCUAAUGACAUUUUAUUUGCACCUUGCUUUUGUGGUACCAAUAACGUGUUUAGUCCUUA